UGUAUCUUUUUGUCAUUUAAGCGCUCCGAGGUUAUGCUGAUGAGGCUCACUCUGAACAUUGUACUAUCAGUUUUGAAAACACAACGACUGUAAGUCACGAACAUGGUCUGCGUCCAGAGAACCAUGUAGAGACGUGUGUAGAUGGUGACGAGAACACUUCAAUGAUUGGAUCUCAUAACUCUACCCCCAAGACCCACGGUCACGGACAUAAGCACGGACAUUCCCAUGGGGUAGAGGGAGUCCCAGACUCUGUGGCCUCAGUUGCUUGGAUGGUUAUCCUUGGCGAUGGAAUACAUAAUUUCAGUGAUGGACUCGCUAUAGGUGCUGCAUUCGUUAACAGUAUAACUGGGGGAUUCAGCACUUCAGUAGCAGUGUUUUGUCAUGAACUACCACAUGAAAUAGGUGAUUUUGCUAUGUUGUUGAGAGCUGGUAUGUCGCCUAAACAAGCCAUUAUCUACAAUUGUCUAUCUUCCAUUCUGUGUUUUAUUGGGAUGUUGGUUGGUGUUGCUAUUGGCAACCUCGCAGGAGCAACUCUAUGGAUAUUUGCUAUUGUUGGGGGAAUGUUUCUGUACAUAGCUCUUGUUGAUAUGUUACCGGAGCUGUCGUCUGUAGAGACAAAGAAGGGAGAACAUCCAUUGUGCCACCUUCUGCUACAAGGUAUAGGAAUGUGUAUUGGAGCAGGAAUCAUGCUGGCAAUAGCUCUUUAUGAGGAGGAUCUUAAAACUAUAUUAGACUAAACUUCACAAGAGGCUGAGGUUCCAGUGUUUGUACACAAACUCGAGAAUAUUAGAUUACUAUGUCUCCCAUAUGAAGUGGGGGAGACAUAUUGAUGUAGUGCUGUCCGUCUGUCAGUCUGUAUGAUUAUCUGUCUCAAAGUUUGUUCAUGCAACUCCUCCAACAACAACGGGCGGAUUUACGCCAAACUUCACAGGACUGAUCAUUGCCAAGCCUAGUUGAGCAUAUUGUCAAUUUUUCUAGUUUGAUGAUCUUCAGCAGACUUAAUGGCCCUUGAUUUAUUAAAUUUUAUGAUGUUUUGGCCACUUCUCUGUUAUUAUUGGGAAGAUUUGGACCAAACCUCAGAAGGGUUAUUAGUGCCAAGCCUCAUAGUGCAUAUUUUUAGCUUUGGCCAGUUUGAUUAUUAUCAGCAGAGUUAUGGCCCUUCAUUCAUUAAAUUUUAUGUUAAGGCCAAUUUCUUUUUAUUAUUAGUUGAAAUUCCACCAGACCUUACAGGAGUUAUCAGUACCAAGCCUCAUUGUGCAUAUUGCUGACAUAUUCAGGUUCAAUGAUUAUACCCCCACCAAACAUGUUUGAGGGGGGUAUAUAGGAGUCAGUUUUGUCGCGUCCCGUCCCGUCCCGAUAUCUAUUAUCUCAGUUAUUACCAAAUGGAUUUGAUUCAGCCUUAAAAUACAUGUUCCACCUUAUCACCCACAUCAUGUGACACAAGGUGCAUAUCUCUUGACACCAAGUUUUCAUGAAUUAUGUCCCCUUUUACUUAGAAUUUAAGGUUAAUUUUGUUGUAUUUUCACUAUAUCUCAGUUACUACUGAAUGGAUUUGAUUCAAACUUAAAAUAGAUGUUCCACCUCAUCACCCACAUCAUGUGACACAAGGUGCAUAACUCUGACACCAAGUUUUCAGGAAUUAUGUCCCCUUUUACUUAGAAUGUAAGGUUAAUUUUGUUGUAUUUUCACUAUAUCUCAGUUAUUACUAAAUGGAUUUGAUUCAAACUUAAAAUAGUUGUUCCACCUCAUCACCCAGAUGAUGUGACAUAAGGUGCUUAACUCUGACAUAAAUUUUUUAUGAAUUAUGUCCCCUUUUACUUUAAAUUUAAGGUUGAUUUUGAUGUAUUUUCACUAUAUCUCAAUUAUUACAAAAUGGAUUUGAUUCAAACUUAAAAUAGAUGUUCCACCUCAUCACCCACAUCAUGUGACACAAGGUGCAUAACUCUGACACCAAUUUUUUAUGAAUUAUGCCCCUUUUUACUUAGAAUUUAAGGUUAAUUUUGAUGUAUUUUCACUAUAUCUCAAUUACUACUGAAUGGAUUUGAUUCAGACUUAAAAUAGAUGUUCCACCUCAUCACCCACAUCAUGUGACACAAGGUGCAUAACUCUGACACUAUUUUUCUUGAAUUGUGUCCCCUUUUACCUAGAAUUUAAGGUUAAUUUUGAUGUAUUUUCACUAUAUCUCAUUCUUAUUGGCUUAGAGUCAAAGGGAAGUAACCUUUUUUUAACCUUUGUACUGAGUUUCUUCCCCUUAAAUUCCAGGAAUUAGUCUAUUUUUAGAAAUCCUAUUUUUAGAUUUUCAAUAUUUUAGGUUUUUUUCUAACUUUUUUAUUAUAAUUCCUAUGUAAAAAGUAAAAACAUUUUUCCGUGGUGACAUGGGUCGGUAAGACACUUUUUUGUAUUCACUUUUAGUGUAUCUCUAAUAUUAGAGAUUUAAUAUAUUUACUAGUAUUACUAUACUAGUAUUAUACUACUAUUACUUAUAUGUGGAAGCCCAGGAUGAAGUACUCCAAAGUAUUUUUAAGAUUCCUUAUGGUUGCCAUUCUUCUGUGACAAGACCGUAUGGUGGGGGUAUGAGUCACUCCUGUGACAGUUCUAGUUUUCAGUGGAGUUAUGGCUCAUAAUUUGUUGUAUUUUUAUCUUGUGUGGGCAACUGCUCCGAUACCACCAGGAGGAAUUACACGAAAAUUCACAGAAGUGACCAUUGGUUAGUUAUGCAUUAUCAUCAGCACGUUCCAGUUUGUUCUUUAUCAACAGAGUUAUGGCCCUUGAUUCUUCAAAUUUUAUGAUCCUUUAACCAUUUCUCUUAUAAAAUAGGCCGGAUUUCCACCAAACCUUACAGGAUUGGUCAGUGCCAAGUCCUAAUAUGCAUAUUUUUGGCAUGUUCUGCUUCAGAGAUUUUGAGUGGUUUAGUGGAGGGAGACG